AACGUGCCGCAAACAGCACCUGGCUGCAUUCUCAACACGGUAGUCUGUCAUUUCUGUUUCUUGGGUUUUUUUGUUAAAAAGUUACCUUUGUAUCAUGACAUUUAAAUACCCUUUUGACACGUCCCUUAACGUUUCAAGGCGUAGCCAAAACUCAAAUUCCCUGAACUUUUCGUCAAUGAAAAAGUAGUCAUUUGACGGGGCGACGGUUAGCAGUUUAGCUAACGUUAGCACGAGUUGACGUCGUAAAUAAACGCACAGCUGCGAUAUUCAGAUUCAGAAAACUUUAUUUAUCCCCGUGGGGCAAUUAGGACUUAACAGGCACGCUCUGCACAAGAAGAAACAUGUGAGUCUUGUCGUUUUGUGUAUUUCGGUGUCCCGGAAACUUCACAGCAUAUUACAUUGAUAGUCAGCCAGGCGUGUACCUAAGUGGACACAUCGCCCCGGUUUGGUCGAUGCGACGCACGCUCAGUUGCAUAAUUUUCGCCUCGGGGGAAGCAGUGUGUCAACGGCCACCAUCUCAUCGCUCGCACGGUCCACACCGAAGCGAGGUGGCAUCACACGCCGGCCCACAGCGAUGUGCCACUCCGCCCUCGAUGCUGCUGCUGCAUGUCCACAACUUGCAUUUGUCUCUAUUCACGUUACUGGAUAUCUGCCAUCUGAUUACGGGAUUUUGAGUGAAGAAAAAUGAGUACAAGGAGAAGAGGUGGGAAGCCCAACAGAGGGGGAGGGAAAUUCAACAAGCCAAGAGGAGGAGAUGGGGGAGGCGGAAGGAAAGGAGGAAGCGGCCGCUGGGAUGAUGAUGCCGACGAUGAUUUCACCCUUGAUUUAGCACCCCAGCGUCCAUCCAGCAGACCCGCCAAAGCACGAGGUGGCAGUAGCCACGUCAGGAAUAGCAAUCCCGGAUGGGGAGGCCGAGAUCGAGGAGGCAGAUGCAACCGAACUGUUCUCCCGAAAUCCCUGGCGAGGAACCGAACAUACACCAAGGCGAGUGACGGCGACAGGCCCGACGCGAACAACAUGCCCAUGCAGAAGAUUUUCAUGACCGACAAGAACCAAGAGCUCCUCAAGGAGCUGCUGUGGGACCUGCGGACACGCGAAUUUGACGAGCGUGACGAUGACACCGGUUUCGAUGAUUUGAACGAGGAAGAAGCAGAGGAACACGAUGAGAUGGACCACCGUGAGGAAGGCCAGUUUUGGACCACCGCCGACGAGCCUGUAGAGAGAGCAGAGAGCCCGAGAGAUUACGAGUCUGACAACGAACGGGCUCCAGUUGAACCUGUCGUCUCCUUGUUUGCUAUCGGCAAACUCUGCAGGUACGGCUUUGACCGGGAACGCAGCAAGCAGGCACUGGAGUCAUGCGGGGGAGAAUUCGGCGUUACUUUGGAGCACCUUCUUCACCAGGUUUACACCGAGCGUUACGGACAGGAAGCGCUUUCCACCGCGGGCCUCUCCGCCAAGCCCAUGGACGAGUGCCUGAACCAGAGGCAGGAGGAAGCCCUGGCGCUGGCUGCCAUAUACGGCGACCGCUUCCAGGAGCGCAUCACCAAUUCAGUGUGGGUCAUAACAUUGGAUGCCCUAUUCCUCACGGACAACAUUGGCAAAAGCUACAGCGCCAAUAAGAACGGUGGGAAGUCCUCGAAAAGAAUCUGCCAGUUCUACUUACAAGGAAGAGGCUGCAGGUAUGGCAGCAAAUGUAAGUUCAAACACCAAGCUCCGGAUAAAGACUUAUCAGACCAACGGGGGCCAGCUCAGAGUGGGAUCAGCAGCUAUUCUCGCCCAGAGUACGAACUGGAGAUCCGUUUCCCCAAAGGGAACUGCUACCCAUCUCAAGCGGCGGUCGUGGCCUUCAGCACCAACGAUGAGUCCAUCGGCGCCGCCGGGAGGCUCAGCGUGACCGAAAGGUUGUUCGGGGAGGCGCUGACGGCCGCCCGCAACACAGAACCUGUGGUUUAUACUCUGGUUAGCGUGUGCGAGGACGAGGCCACCAUGAAGGAGCUGCUGGACGUCACGCAUCACAAAUACAGCAAGCCGCCGCCCGUUGUGGUUCCCCCUGCCUCGGUUGCUCCACCAAAGCCGACGAUCGGGACCAGUAAGGCUUUGGACAGAAGCGUCUGUCCCAGCAGAAGGCUCACACCGCCAGUAGACCGGACUGGAGAGGCCGAGGGCCCGGAAGAAGACGACGACGUCCCCGUCGAGAACGUCAGCUCUGUCAACCUGAGGAAGAGGGUGCCCAAUAAUCCCAAUCUGCUGCAAGAGAACGCCAAGAUGUGCAGAGACUUUCACAGGAAACAGUCGUCCAAACGCUUCCAGUCAAUGCUGGAGCAGAGGACGAAGCUGCCGGCUUGGAAUGAAAGAGACAACAUUCUGGAUCUGCUGGACGGCUGUCAAGUGUUGGUUGUCAGCGGUAUGACGGGGUGCGGCAAGACAACUCAGAUCCCCCAGUUCAUUCUGGACGCUUCCUUGAGCGGCCCGGCGGAUAAGGUGGCCAACAUCGUCUGCACUCAGCCGCGCCGCAUCUCCGCCAUCUCGGUGGCCCAGCGGGUGGCGCAGGAGCGCGCUGAGAGUCUCGGCAACUCCGUGGGCUACCAGAUCCGCCUGGAGAGCGUCAGGUCAUCCGCCACCAGGCUGCUUUACUGCACCACUGGAGUGUUGCUGAGAAGACUGGAGGGAAACGUGGACCUUCAAGGCGUCACCCACGUCAUUGUGGAUGAGGUGCACGAGCGCACCGAGGAGAGUGACUUCCUCCUCUUGGUCCUCAAAGACCUGAUUCUUCAGAGACCCGACUUAAAGAUUAUCCUCAUGAGUGCCACACUGAAUGCCAACCUCUUCUCUGAAUAUUUCUACGACUGUCCUACUGUGCACAUACCUGGUCGCACUUUCCCCGUGACUCAGUUUUUCCUUGAGGACGUCAUCUCUUUAACUCGCUACGUGAUAGAGGACGGGAGCCCUUAUAUGCGCUCGAAGAGGCAGAACUCCUCCGCUGUGAGUUGGCAAGGAGGAAGAGGAGCCCCGAAGGACAUUGUGGACACCUUGGGGGACGACAUGUGGAACUUCAUGUCUUUCACCAAAAAGGACUUUGUCAAGGACUCCAUCCCGGACCAGCAGCUCAGCCUGCAGGAACUCACAGUUCGAUUCAAAGAUUGUAAAGCGUCCGUGCUGAAGACCAUUGCUGCCAUGGACCUGGACAAGAUCAACAUGGACCUGAUCGAAAGUCUGCUGGAGUGGAUUGUGGAUGGAAAUCACAGUUACCCCCCAGGUGCAGUGCUGGUUUUUCUUCCCGGGCUCGCUGAGAUCAAGAUGCUUUUUGAGCAGCUGCAGUCAAACGGGAAGUUUAACAACAGGCGCGCAAAUAGAUGUGUGGUGUACCCGCUCCACUCCACUCUGUCCAACGAGGAGCAGCAGGCCAUCUUCAUUCGCCCGCCGGAGGGCGUCACCAAGAUCAUCAUCUCCACCAACAUCGCCGAGACCUCGGUCACCAUCGACGACGUGAUGUACGUCAUCGACUGCGGCAAGAUGAAGGAGAAAAGGUACGACGCAUCCAAAAGGAUGGAGAGCCUGGAGGAUUCUUGGGUUUCGCGGGCCAACGCGCUUCAGAGAAAGGGCAGGGCGGGCCGCGUGGCCUCCGGGGUCUGCUUCCACCUCUUCACCAGCCACUGCUUCCAGCACCAGCUGGCUGACCAACAGCUUCCCGAGAUUCAGAGAGUUCCUCUGGAGCAGCUUUGCCUCCGCAUCAAGAUUCUGGAUGUGUUCGCCGAGCAAACGCUGGAAUCCGUCUUCUGUCGCGUCAUCGAGCCGCCGGCCGUGGGCAGUUUGGAUGUGGCCAAGCGGUGCCUGCAGGACCUGGGCGCCCUGACGGCCGAGGAGAAGCUCACCCCGCUGGGCUACCACCUGGCCUCCCUUCCCGUCGACGUGCGCGUUGGCAAGCUCAUGCUGUUUGGCGCCAUCUUCCGCUGCCUCGACCCAGCGCUCACCAUCGCUGCCAGUCUCGCCUUCAAAUCACCUUUUGUGUCACCAUGGGACAAGCGUGAGGAGGCCAACAACAAAAAACUGGACUUUGCGGUAGCCAAUAGUGACCAUCUGGCUCUGCUCCAAGCUUACAAGGGUUGGUGCAACGCCAAAAAGGCAGCCCACCUCUCCGGCUUCCGUUACUGCCGGGAGAACUUCCUGUCCGUGCGAGUUCUGCAGGAAAUCGCUUCUUUCAAGCGGCAGUUUGCCGAGCUGCUUUCCGACAUCGGUUUCAUCAAAGAGGGGCUGAGGUCCAGGGUGAUCGAGCGACUCGGCUCCAAUGGCUCUGACGGCGUUCUCGAGGCUACUGGCCCCGAGGCAAACCUGAAUGCUGAGAACAUCCAUCUCAUGUCUGCACUGCUGUGUGCUGCCCUCUAUCCGAAUGUAGUGCAGGUCCAAGCGCCUCAGGGGGUUUACAAGAUGAGCGUCAAAGGAGCCAUGAAAAUGCUGCCCAAGGCCAACGAGUUGCGCUUCUUGACCAAGAGCGACGGAUGCGUCCACGUUCACCCCUCGUCCGUCAACUACAACGUCCGCAAGUACCCCAGCCCCUACCUGGUUUACCUGGAGAAGGUAAAAACCAGUCAGGUCUUCAUCCGGGACUGCAGCAUGGUGUCCGUGUAUGCUUUGGUGCUCUUCGGAGGCGGUGAGGUCAACAUGGACAUGCUCAGAGGCCAGUGUGUCAUCUCCCUCGACGACGGAUGGAUUCGAUUCGCCGCCGAUUCUCACCAGGUGGCCGAGCUGGUAAAGGAGCUGCGCUGGGAGCUGGACCGGCUGCUGGAGGACAAAAUCCGGAGCCCCAGCAUGGACCUGUGCAGCUGCCCCCGCGGCUCCCGCAUCAUCCGCAUGAUCGUCAACCUCGUGUCCACUCAGUAGCCCUCUCCAAAAGUGCUUCUGCCCAUGAUGAGCUCACCUUUGUUUUUCAAUCGCCGUCUGUGCACUCAUGAAUAUCGGGGGAGCAGGGUGCACUUCAACACAAACUGUUGUUUACAAACAAAAGCCUUGUGUACUGACAGCUGGGUUGUUUUUUAUUUUUUUUUUUUGAUGAGAAAUUAAUGCUGCGUUGUGUUAUUUAAAUAGAAUGCCAUGGCAAAUCCUCCUUGAAGGGCAUAUCACAAUGCUUCCAUGUUUUGAUGUACUCUUGUCGAUUUCUUGGCUCCCUAACGGAUGCCUCGUACGUACCCAAAGCGACGGUACACUUACGACGGGGGGUCCAGCGGGUUGCAUCCAUUUCACAUAUUUAACACCAUUUGAAUGUAUUUGCAUGCUCAACAAUGUGGCUCCCAAGGGCUUUUUGAAUGGAGGAGUUGCCAAAGAAUUUGUCCGACGACAUUUGAAAUAAACAACCUUGUUGGCUUUUAUUUGCA